CUCGGCGCUUCCCGCGCCCGCAUCGAACGAAGAACGGAAGAAGCCAGACCAACCCAACCAGGGCCAUCCACGCGCCCCUUGCCUUCUUUUAUACCGCCCGCCCCCUCCGCUCCACCCGCCCGUCCCGCCCUGCCCAUUGCCGUAGCCUCCGUCCGAAACGGCCGCGGCCGACACGCGCCCGCUGGCCUGACCCCGGCCCCCACGCAUGCGGCGAGACGCCGUCGCCGCCGGGCCCACGGCGGCAGGCGCCUUGCCGCCGAUCGCCGCCACCCCCGUGCUCCCGGCGGAUGCGGUGGUCAUCGACGUCGAGGGGGCGCCGCUGCCGGCGGGGGGCCCUGGGACGGGGUGCCGGAUCUGCCACCUCGGCCCCGAGGACUGCGUGUCGGCGGCGCCGGGGUCCGAGGUGAUCCGGCUCGGCUGCGGCUGCAAGGACGAGCUCGGCGCCGCGCACCGGCAAUGCGCCGAGGCGUGGUUUAGGAUCAAGGGCGAUAGGCGCUGCGAAAUAUGUGGUUCAGAUGCCAAAAACAUUACUGGGUUGGAAGUGAAAAAAUUCAUGGAGCAAUGGCAUGGCCGAAGAGUGGCAAACAUCCAAACAACACAGGAGAGAGAAAGUCAUUGCUGGAGACAGCAGCCUUUCUGUAAUUUCUUGUUAGCAAGCAUACUGAUUAUUUUCAUGCUACCCUGGUUUCUCCAUGUAAAUUUAUUCUGACUUUGCUGCCACUAUUGGGUCAUAUGAAUUCACGGCUUGUUAGCCCAGCUACCAUUCAAAGGAUGGAUUGUGUAGAUAUUUGUAGGCAGAACCACAGCACAGCUCCUGAAAUAUAUAUUUUUUGAAAUUUCCCAUUUUGAUACCUUUUCUAUGUAAUUAUUUUUAACCAACUCAAGACUACUUUGGCUUGGACGCUUGAGGACAUUGUGAACUUAUAAACAAAAUAAAGUGCAGGACGAUGAUUACUGAGAGAAGAA